AAAACAAAUAAUGGAAUUUUGAUGAACUGUGAAAGUGAAUGUCAUAAUGCGGGUUUUCGUGAGCAUCCUGUUGCUUCAAGUGAGUCAGAUGGUGUUUCUAGUGAUGUGUUUUAUACCAACAGAUGAACAACGUCUUCUAGAUAAACUUCUUACAGCAUAUAAUCCUGCCUCUAGGCCAGUCUACAAUGCCUCUGAUACUGUCACUGUCAAAUUUGGCCUCACACUUGCUCAAGUUUCCGAUAUGGAUGAGGUAAAUCAAGUUCUGACUACAAUAGUAUGGCUAGAACAGGAAUGGAUAGACGAGAGAUUGAGAUGGAACCCCGCGGACUAUGGUGGACUGGAAACUCUCAGAAUGCCUUGUGACAAAAUUUGGUUACCUGACAUGGUGCUUUACAAUAAUGCCGACGAUUUUACUACCGGCUACAUGCAGAGCAAAGCUAUGGUCAGCCAUGAGGGCGUUGUUUUCUGGCCGCCACCUGCGAAAUUUAGAAGCUCAUGCAAAAUAGACAUCACUUUCUUUCCUUUUGAUGAUCAAUUAUGCAAAAUGAAAUUUGGAUCAUGGACAUAUGACGGAUUUCAGGUUGAUGUAACAAAUCGGUCAGCAAAUGUAGAUUUGUCAAACUACGUUUACAGCGGUGAAUGGGAGCUGAUUGAUAUCAUUGUUGUCCGCAAUAAAGUAACAUAUGCUUGUUGUAUAGAAUUCUUCCCGGAUGUGACGUUUACUAUCAUCAUGAGACGACGGACGCUGUAUUAUCUAUUCAAUAUUAUCUUCCCUUGUUUAUGGUUGACAGUAUUAAGUUUACUCGGUUUCUGGUUGCCACCAGAUAGUGGGGAAAAGAUUACGUUAGGGAUAACCGUGCUCCUCGCAUUCUCCGUGUUCAUGCUUCUCAUAGCGGAAAAUAUGCCUGCAACCUCAGAGUUUGUCCCGCUUAUAGGUAUAUAUUUGACUGUCACAAUGGGAAUGACUUCAUUAUCAAUAGUGUUGACAGUUUUUGUGCUACAGUUACACCAUGUUGGACCACAUCAGCGCGGGGUUCCAAGAUGGCUUCAAAUUCUCUCACAUGAUAUUCUUGCAAGCAUUCUUUGUCUUAGACCAAGAGUGAACCCCUUUGUGUAUCAUUCUGCAAGAAAAGCAGAUACGUGUCUUAGCUCGUACAUCGAUUCAAUGGAUUCUUCAACUUGCAAUGGCAUGGUCAUUAACAAACAGAACCACGUGAAUAAUACGUCACAAAUGACGUCAACUACACCAACGCAGCAAGUACAUUAUCAAUUUGACAAUUCGUACAAUAGUCGUCUAACAGAUGCCGAUAUGGAUGACACGCAAGACAAAAUAACAUCUUCUCUAAAGUUGCUAGUAGAGAAACAAGACUUAGAAGAACGACAUCAGGAUAUUGUUAACGAAUGGAGAUUUGUUGCGUUGAUCAUGGACCGAUUUCUAUUUUGGCUCUUUCUUUUAGCUGCUGUCAUGUCUUCGGUGAUUAUUUUGGUGAUUAUGCCAAUGAAUAAACCACCUGUUCGCAGCUGAGCGGGCGGUUUGUAAGCCUGACUGUCAGAUAUGGUCAACUAAAUUUGAUACGUGAGUGAGCAGUUAAAAUAUAAAAGUAAAACGAAUCAUGUAAAGCU